GCCACCAGGGGCUAGUCGUUGGAGCGCAAUGGCGGUGCACCGGGGACCUUCUUCGAAAUGGCUCUUUUCCCGGGAGCAACUAGAAACAACGCCGUCCCGCCGCAGUGGAGUCGAAUCUGAUAGGGAACUUUCUUACCGUCAGCAAGCCGCCAACCUAAUUCAGGAUAUGGGCCAGAGACUCAACGUCUCUCAACUCAUCAUCAACACUGCAAUCGUUUACAUGCAUAGAUUUUAUAUGAUCCACUCUUUCACUAAGUUUCAUAGGAAUAUCAUCUCCCAAACAACCUUGUUCUUGGCUGCGAAGGUGGAGGAACAACCCAGGAAGCUUGAACAUGUCAUCAAAGUGGCCCACGCCUGCGUCAACCCCCAGGAUGCACCACUAGACACCAAGAGUAAUGCAUACCAUCAGCAAGCUCAGGAGCUGGUGAUACUAGAAACGAUAGUACUGCAGACGCUAGGUUUUGAAAUAACAAUUGAACAUCCUCACACUGAUGUUGUGAGAUGUUCCCAGCUAGUGCGAGCAAGCAAGGAUUUGGCACAGACUUCCUAUUUCAUGGCUACCAACAGGUUGUUAUCCUGA